CCAAAGAAUAACAUCUUUGGUGGCGUUAGCACUGAAAAACAGGAAACUCUGACCUCUAGUGUUAAAGUGUAAGACUAGCACUUCCCGUACAAAGAAACGCGGCAAAACGCCAUUCCGGUGACCAAGAAGGAGGGAAGCGGCAUGGCUUCCAACAGCAACAUGGCUAAUGUUAAUGGACGAGAGAACGGGGAGCCGGUAGUUAAGCGGCCACGAGAUAAUGUUCCGCCGGAUUCACCCCUCCGUUCUUCGAAGGAGCCGGUCAACAAAGUGACCGUGGUGCUGGGAGCUCAGUGGGGCGAUGAGGGCAAAGGGAAAGUUGUGGACCUGCUCGCAAUGGAUGCGGAUAUCGUGUGCAGGUGUCAGGGUGGCAACAAUGCUGGUCACACUGUGGUUGUGGACUCGGUAGAGUAUGACUUCCACCUGCUGCCAAGUGGUGUCCUUAACAAGAAGGCCAUCUCAUUUAUAGGCAAUGGGGUGGUCAUACACCUGCCAGGGCUGUUUACAGAGGCACAAUCUAACCUGAAGAAAGGCAAAGGAUUACAAGGGUGGGAGGAGAGACUGAAGAUUUCUGACCGUGCCCACAUUGUGUUCAACUUCCAUCAAGCUGUCGAUGGCAUUCAGGAGCAGCAGCGACAGCAGCAAGAAGGGAAAAAUUUGGGAACAACCAAAAAAGGCAUCGGGCCUGCCUACUCCUCCAAAGCCGCUCGAAAUGGUCUGCGAAUCUGUGAUCUCGUCUCAGACUUCAACGUUUUUCAGGACAAGUUUCGCAUUUUGGCAGAACAUUUCCAGACCAUGUAUCCAAAUCUCAAUGUGGACAUCGACGGUGAACUAAAGCAGUUGAAGGAAUAUGCAGAGCGGCUGCGCCCUCUAGUGACAGAUGGUGUGUACUUCAUGCACAAAGCUCUCACUGGACCCAGCAAGAAAAUCCUUGUGGAAGGAGCCAACGCUGCGCUGCUGGAUAUUGACUUUGGCACGUAUCCCUUUGUGACUUCGUCAAACUGCACCGUGGGAGGAGUGUGCACCGGGCUUGGCGUGCCUCCGUCGCACGUCGGCCGAGUGUACGGUGUCGUCAAAGCUUACACCACCCGGGUUGGCGUUGGUGCUUUUCCGACAGAACAGGAUAACGAAACCGGGGCUUUGUUACAAUCGCGUGGUCGAGAGGUUGGCGUGACAACGGGCCGAAAGCGGCGGUGUGGUUGGCUGGACUUGAUACUGGUCAGAUACGCUCACAUGGUCAACGGCUUUUCGGCAAUUGCACUGACCAAACUGGACAUUUUGGACACUCUGCCAGAGAUAAAAGUUGGCGUGGCCUAUCAGGUUGAUGGAGAACCUUUGCCAAGUUUCCCUGCAAACAUGGACGUUCUGACGCGCGUCACGGUAGAGUACAAGACUUUUCCCGGGUGGUGCCGCAGCACCGAGGCGGCCCGCAGCUUCACAGAACUACCAUCACAGGCCCAGAACUAUAUUCGCUUCAUCGAGGACUUCCUGCAGGUUCCAGUGAAGUGGGUCGGAGUGGGCAAGUCCAGAGAGAGCAUGAUCAAACUCUACUGAGCAGCGAGCACCGUCGCUGUCCCGGAAGAUGACGUCACUGUCUCGUUAUUUCAUGUCGCCUCCAUCUUCAGGGGGAUGUUUCACCAGCAAGGGUCUCUGUGAAACGUUGUCGCUGCUUGUGCCUCACUCGCCCUCACCAAGCAUCCUACAAGUCCAAUUUAUGCAUUCCAGAUUUUCAACAUUUCCUUUAUUUUUCGGGUGUUCCGUUUUUAAAUUAGCUGUAUAUGAUGAGCUCAGUUCUUUUCACAGUGAAUUACACUUUUAUUUUUAAUUUUUGAUUUGAACUUUAUAAAGCGUCUGUGUACCAUUUCUAUCCAUAUAUGUAUAUUUUACAUUGAACCACAAGGAGGCCACAAAUGAAGAAUAUUUUACCAGGUUUGCAAUGAACCGCCAACAUUUCAUGAACAAUUUAUAUCCACAAAUCUUCUGUUGUCUUGUUUGUAACCAUUUCCAAACUGAUUGUUGAAAUGAAUAUUGUGCUUUUAAAAAUGCUCUAAAUCGUAAAAUAAGUCAAAACAGAGAACAACUUUGAUGUAAAUGUAAAAAAACAAAAACAAAGAAAUGAUAGUACAUCCCAAGAGGUUUCUGAAUUGACUUCUGAUUAUCAAUAAAUGUAAACUUACUAACUUCUUGU